CCCAAACCGUGAGCGGGCUUCGAGGCCGCCCACGUAAGAGAUUCCCCAAACACGCAUAGUGACAGACGCAACGAAUCUUUAUCAACAACUCAACCCCAGCUCAGGAACCUCUGUUUGUGUCCCAAAAAUGGCUUCUUCUUCUGAUAAUCAUAAAUCCAACAACACUGCACUUCUCGUCAUAGAUAUGCAGAAAGAUUUCAUUUUACCAGAUGGUUUGAUGCGUGUAGAUGGUGGCCAAUCUAUUGUCCCCAAAGUCAUUAAUGCCGUUGAAUUUGCUCGACGCCGUGGCAUCCUUGUAAUUUGGGUUGUUCGCGAGCAUGACCUACUUGGAAGGGAUGUGGAACUCUUCCGUCAGCACUUAUACUCUGGUGAGAAAGCAGGGCCGACCUCGAAGGGUAGUGAUGGUGCAGAAUUGGUCGAUGGCCUUGUGAUUAAGGAAGGGGAUUAUAAGGUGGUGAAGACACGUUUUAGUGCAUUCUUUGCUACGCACCUUAAUUCAUUUCUGAAGACUGCUGGGAUAAAUAGUUUAGUUGUCAUUGGUGUUCAAACUCCAAACUGCAUCAGACAGACUGUCUUUGAUGCUGUAGCAUUGGAUUACAAAAAUGUUACUGUUAUUGUUGAUGCCACAGCUGCUGCCACACCUGACGUACAUGCUGCAAACAUUUUCGAUAUGAAAAAUAUUGGAGUUUCAACCCCAACAUUGGAGGAAUGGUGCAAGUCCCACGAUUGAUAUAUUUCACAACUGAAUCAGGAGAAGAGGAUAUGCUUUGCUGAUUUCUCCGUGGGGGUAAGCGCAGAACGGUUUAUCUUAGUCAGGAAUGAACAAAUAUGUAUUUUUUCGUGUGUGUUAUUAAUUGAAUUGGCAUCUCAGUCAUGCUUGAGCUGCUAGUUGUUUUAAAAAACAAAAUUUGUAUUUGUUUCUUAAAGUAUAUUUCGAGAUUGCAUACUUUCAUAUCUUAA